UGGCCUUUUUGGGGCGGGAAGUAUGAGUAUCGUUCUUUCAGAAAAACAUCCUGGUGUUUCUUCUUCUGAAUUAGAUUUCAGUAGAUGGUGAAAGCUAGAAUAUGGCUGUUAUAGUGACGGAUAUCAUCCUUCAAACGUUAUCUUGUUUCUUUGUGUGGUCAACCAUAUACUGGUUUAUUACUAUUAUUAAUUCUAACAGAAGUAGCGAAUGGAAUUCCCGUCURCUUGCAGUCACACAUGCAAUUUURAUCACYGCUUUGAGCUACUGGUGUGGAUUCCAGACAGGUCCUUGGCCAUUCGAUGCUCUUGGUUUUCCAAAUACUCCUUUGCAGACCCUAGUCCUUGUCAUUUCCUUUGGUUAUUUCUUAUUUGACUUCAUGUGGUGUGUUUACAUGGGAACUGAGGGMCCUAUAAUGCUACUCCAUCACUUAAURUCAAUCCUGUCCAUGAUAUAUGGUUUGUUUACUAACCAUUCUGGUGCUGAGAUCAUUGCAACAAUAUUUGGUUCAGAACUCACAAARCCUUUUCUGCAGCUACGAUGGUUUUUACGAGAGACAAGAAACUAUCACACAACUUUUGCAUAUUUUAAUGAUCUUGCUUUCAUGGGAUUUUUUUUCUACCUWCGGCUUGGUGUGGGUUCUUGUCUUAUGUAUUCUAUGCUUGUUGCUGAGAAGCCAACUAUUCUAAUCAAAGGAGCAGGAGUGGGAAUGUAUCUGGUUGGAGUUAUUUGGAGUMUCAUGAUACUCAGAUUUGCCAGAUACAGAUUUUUUGGAAAGAGAAAAAACUYAUUUUUUAUGUGCCUUUAGAAUUAUGGUAAUGUACUCGAUAAGUGAUUUCUAAAGUUUUGUACAAAAUGAUAUAUAAUAAUUGUUGAUUCUAUAAUGUUCAAUAUAAGUAUUGAAAAUGAAUAUAUUAUAUGUACAGUAGGUUACAURGUAAAAACUUUUUUAUUCAAUUUGAAAAUAUUGAAAAUAUGAAUAUUCAGUGUCCAAGGUAACAUUUUUAGAUAUCARUAAUUAUUUUCUCAACAUAAUUUAGAGUAAUUGAAAACUGUUUGACUAAAAGCUCAGUUAAAGUUCAAGCAUAAAAUCCAUGAUGCAACACAAACUAAGAUGUGUCUGACAUUGGUGUACAAUUACUAUUACUGUAGGAUGGUAUUAAUAGUAGCACACAAGAGAAACAAAUUCAAAUGGUUGUAUUUACUUCAUUGUUGUGUGCAUGUCUAACAGCGAUCUUAGUUGUUGAGAACUGCAAGUGWAUGUAAWGAUUAGAAAUCCAAUAAAAGCAUCCAUAAAAGCC